AUGAUGUCAUGUUGGAAUGGUAGGAUGUUGGAAUGUACCUUAGUACCCGAUUUCCCUCUUUUCUAUCCUUGCGACAGUCUUCGACUUUCGCCUCUCACUUCUUUUUCGAGUCCCGCCCACCCGAGCCCGCACCGCCCCGCUUUGGAGGCGGACUUUGAAAAGGAGUCUGCCACUUCGUAUGUAUAUAUCCUGCGUGAAAAAGAUGUAAAAGUGAAAAAUAUGGUACAUUCGCUUUCUGGAAAGAUAUGCCCUCAUCCGAGGAGGAAGACACGAUGGUGUCGGGCAAACACCGUUAAUGUAUGCAUACCCCAAAACGGGCCAUCAACAAUAGUUUUCCUUUUUCCUUUUCCUUCCCUUCUCCAUCUCUACG